CAAAAUGGUAGUCAUUUUAACUCCCAUCAAAAAAUAUACAUUUUCGAAGAAGGCGAUGCAAAAAAGAGGUCAAUAUUGAUUCUCACGAACACACAGGAAUCCGAUUCCAGUGAAUUUUAUUGCGUUGCCGAAAACAAGGGUGGUAACGCGGAAGCUAACUUUACAGUACACGUUACGCAAAUUGCAGUCGGAAUGGCGUCACUUGGUAAUGCUCAGAUUGCGAGUUUGGGAGCGGUAUUGUUUUUAAUAAUCAUCGCUGUUUGUUUGGCAACUCUAGCUACAUUUCUGCGGCUUCGUACGACCCCUGUUUGUGAUACUAAAACUCCUAACACAUUGGAUCGCGUGGUAUCAGGAAACGAAGUUCAUCCGUCAAAUAAUGACCGUCCGCAAGUAGCUGUACUGGCUAAUAGACAGGAAUCAUCGAAUUACCGUGAUUCUAAAUGUAAUCCUGUGAUGAAACCGCCAAGAGUGAAUGAUAUACCAUAUACGACUAACCACUACGAGGGAAGAGGAAGCGUUGUGACUGCGAACGGACCUGUUGUGGUUUCACCGACGGUGUCCGCUUCGAUCGACCCUGAUCUUAUCAACGACACAAGGCCGGAUAGUGCUAAUAGGCCAGGGAGCGGCGAGUACGCACGCGAGGCUUCUGAUUCUUUAUAUCCAUCUGGAUUGUGGGAUCAAGUUAAAUUGAAUCAGACAAAUAAUUUGUCUCGGGCUAUAAGUUCAGCUAUACCCACAUACUAUAACGACAGAACACCGAUAAUCGAGAAUGGAAGUGUGAACGGUUCUCAGGAAGAGUUGGGCUAUAUGAGUCGAACCUUCCCACGAUCUCAUGCGCUUUCUGCCACAAAUACAGUGGUAUCCACAGAUGCCCCUUACCCACCCGACUAUGGCCUGCCAGUAGGAGGCGCGCGCACUCUCCGUGUGUGGCAGCGUGCACCCCCGGUUCUGCCUCCAGUGUCAGCGUUAAAACGCGUUCUUACAAUCACCAGGCCGUCUGCAGAUGACGGCUUUCAAGAUGGCUGUGCUACAGACGUUUAAAUAUACUAAAUCGUUUAAAUGGAUCUAAACAAUAUCAGUGUUGCGUAUCGGCAAACGUUACUGUGUAAGAAUUAUCGUAAAUGUGUAUCUAAGUUAGAAGUCCUAUACGUAAGACGUGUGUAAUUGGUAACACACAGGUUAUUAGUGUAAUAUUUUUUGUAUGAUAUAAUUUAUUUAGAUAAACACGGGAAGUUAAAUUGGAUCCCGAAGUGAUGGAUCCACGACUGAUUAGUUGAAGAGUGUUAGUGUAAAUUAAUAAGUGAUAUUGGAAUGGGUAUCUACGGUAUCUGAUCGCCAAAAAAAUAGUUUAUAAAUGUCAUAAAUAUAUUACGAGUAUCUUGAUUGUUGAAACUAAAAUAUGAUGAUGUUACAUGAAUAAGAAAGUGUUAUGUAUACUACUCAAACUGUAUAUUAUAACGUACGUUUCGUCUCCAAAGAUUAUCAAUUUACUUAUUUAUCCCCCAAGGUAACUAGAAAGCAUUACUUCGUGUUGCUAUGUGAUGCACUAUUAAUGUUGUUCGAUGUGCGAUAACUAAUGAGUGAAUUUUAUGUUAAAAAAAUAUAGCAUUAAUGUUGGAAAAUAAAACAGGCGAUUAUCAAAAA